GGAAUUUCACAUGCCGGCGGAUUUUUCAAAUCGCCUCCCUUUCAGUCUUCCAACCCAGAAAUCCCAGCGCUUCUCUCUUGCUAUCUCUCCCAAACGAACCACAACUUCCAGCCGCCGAACUCAAUCUGCCCGAAAUCCCCUAUCGUCGUCUGCCCAAACAACCACCCCGCGACGCCAUCGCGAUAAACUAUACAUUUCUCCUCCAGACACCACCAGUCCACCACUUGAAGACAACAAG